CCUAACUCUCUUCCCGGGUUAUUUGUGCACCUCGCCUGACGCUUCUCUUCGACUUCUGCUGCACUCACUAGAUCGAAGGGAUCAUCAUGCCUGAAACAAUCGCGGAACUGAUCCAAGGGCCGUUCUUCAUCGGCAUCAUGAUCAACGUGCUUCUCCUUGGAGUCCUCAUCCUCCAGGUGUACCUCUACUUUGCCACCUACAAGCAGGACAAAAAGUGGAUGAAACUCUUCAUAUGGGUCCUGUUUAUGCUGGACUUUGCCAACACCUUGUUCUUGGUGGUAUACAUAUACGACCGGUUAAUCAUUGACUUCGGCGACGACGCAAAGGCAGCAACGGAGAACUGGGUCUUUUCAACAGAUCCAAUUUUAGCGGGUAUCAUCACGGCAAUGGUGCAAUGUUUCUUCGCAUGGCGCGUCAAAGUUAUCACAAACAACAUCUGGGCCGUGAUGGCCAUUUGCGUCUGCGCCGCUGGAAACUUUGCUGGAGCACUGGCGUCGUGCAUUUACAGUACCUUCAUCACCAGCUUCAUCGACUUCACGAAGUUCGAGAACGUCGUCAUCCUCUGGCUCGCUGCAUCUGCCCUCGCAGACAUCAUUAUCGCCUCCGUCCUAGUUUGGCACUUACGCACUUUGCGGACUGGCUUUGCGGCUACGGACGAUGUGAUCAACCGGGUGGUCAGGCUCACUCUCCAAACCGGUCUCUUGACGGCAAUCUGCGCGACUAUCAAUCUCAUCAUCUUCUGCUCCGUCCCCUCCGGGAUUUACUUGAUAUUCAACAUCCCUUUGCCGAAGUUGUACACAAACUCCUUGAUGUCCAGCUUGAACUCACGCAAGGGUGGUGGUUUUGACGCAUCUGAGCGCUCUGCUAGUGCUCAGGUCAAGUCAACGGGCGUAAGAACCGGCCAGGCCCAAUCUCGUGCUCAGGUAUUCGUCAACGUCGAGUCGCACGAGCUCGCCGAGGUCGACACCAAGCACGACCCAGGCUCAGACGAGGCUAUCGGGAACCCAGGGUACAGCGUCCACCCGUUCGGCAACGGUCACGGUGACAGGUCGCAGUGGAACACCGGCAAGCCUUCCGGGUUUGACGAUGUACGAGUGUAAAAACCACCACCAUCAUUACUUUUUUAAGCUUAUUUACUACACGGUCGUGUGUAUAUCUGUAUUUGACAACCAACUUCGCACCCUCUCUAGGUUUGAUUGAUGCUUUCACACAUUCGCGCACAGGGGGCGUCUUUUGCUUUGUCUGGCUAUGGCUGCCGGGCUUUUCGGGUUUAUCUUGCUUCGCAAUCAACAACCGUUUCUUUCGACACCGCAUUCUCGAGUUUCGGGUUGGCCAGACAUUCACGCGUGAUAUGACUUCGGUGGAUACUGCUGUACGUUUCAUCUACUAUUCAGUCUUCGCCUGAGCUACAGACAAAUUACCCCGCAUUCUUGCCCAACC